CUGGGUUUUUUUUCUAACCUCCUUUCUAUGAACUCUUCACGGCGCGAGAUUGAAACGCACGACACGAUCACUUCCUUGUUUAGCUUUGUUAACAAAUUAAAAGACUCAAGAAGUUGAAUUGAUGCUAUAGACGUGUAUGAUAAGAAGUAAAAGUUUGUGCUACAAGGAAGGUUAUGUGGAGAUUUUUGUUUGCCCUGCUUUUUGCUGUUGCUGUUUACAAUGAAGUGACAGAUUCAGUAUCUGUUCAGCCUGGUUUGGAGACAACAAAAGAUGUGAUUGUAGUUGGUGGGGGGCUAGCUGGGAUGGCAGCAGCCAGAAAGCUCACCAAUUCUCCUGAUAAGUUUGCUGUCAAAGUUUUAGAGGCUUGCAAGGAUAGAUAUGGUGGGCGGGUGUUCACAGACAGAAAAGGCAGUGUAAGAGGUGUGGAGGGAGAUUUAGGAGCCAGUUUCCUGAAUUCUGGAGUCCCUAACAACCCGCUGCUAGAACUGACAAAGUCUCUAGAACUAACUGUAGAAUCAGCUGGACCUGUACAACUGUAUGCCCCGAAUCAGGGCAAGGUGUUUACUGCAAAGGAAACCACCCAUAUCUUCUCAGAAUUCCUAACGGUGGUACAGAAGGCUGUAGAAAAGGCAUAUGUAAAGGGAAACGACCUUCCUCUGCCUGAUGCUGUCAAGGAGGAGUUAUCUUCCUUUCAGACAGACGUAGACAAGUCGGUCUUGGCUGGGCUUUUCUCCACACAUUAUGCGUUUUCUCAGAAGGACAUGUCAGCUGUCAUGUUCCGGCCGGAGAAAGACUUUGGCUGGAACAAGGUUGUUGUGGAUGGCUUUGACCAAAUUGUUGAUGGCAUUGUCAGUGGCUUUGACACAGGUUUUCCUAUUGAGAUUGAACUUCAGGCCAUUGUUCGUCAAAUCCUGUACGACAAAAACACUAAAAAGUAUAAAGUACGGACAUUUGAUCGGCAACAGCAUGAGGCAGAUAUUGUGAUAGUUGCAGUACCACUAGGAAUUUUACAGAAGGGGGAAAUCAUAUUUGGGGAGCCACAGAAAAAUAGCACAAAUUCUGUAGCGAAUAUGCCUGAAAACUGGCAUGAUGCCAUAAGGAACAAAUUAGGAAUGAGCUUUUCUGACAAACUUGUUGUGGAAUUUGAUGAAAUCUUCUGGCCGACUGAUGUUGGUGUCUUCAUCAUGGCAACAGAUAAGAAAGAAGAGGCUGGAUUUCUUCAGACCUGGUUCAACCUCCACAGACUUACCAAUAAACCAAUGUUAGCCGGGAACAUUGUGGGAUCUGUAGCCGAAUCAUUCGAGAACUUAACAGAUGACGAAGUGAAAAGCAGAGCUAAAGCAGUCUUAGAAAAAAUGUUUGGACCUCAAGUGAAGAACAGAACCAUCAAACAGAUAAAAAGAUCUGCCUGGCAGGGAGAUGAAAAUACUAUUGCUGGCAACUCUUAUCCCAGAGUAGGGACUACAGGGGAACAUCUGAAGAUUUUAUCUGAGCCAAGAUGUCCAGGGCUAUACUUCGCUGGAGAAUACUCAAUCACGGAACACUUGAAUACAGCCCACGGUGCUUACCUGUCAGGUGUGCGGGCGGCAGAUCAAGUCAUGUCAGGCUACUGUCAACAGAAGGAGGAGAGAGAGAAGGAGGAAGAGAAGAGAAAAAAGAGGAGGAAGUCGAAUAAGGACAAGACGAAAGAAGAGGAGGAGUCAGAGGAAGACGAGGACGAUACUGAUAGCGAGGAGGAGCAGAAAGCGCCACCUAAACAAAAGAAGAGUAAGGAACGGAUCAUAUUGUCUGAGGAGCGGAGGAAGAAAACUCAGGAGAGGGAUGAAUUAUGAGUUCAAAGAAGAAAAGGGGUUUAAUGUGAAAUAGUGAAGGUUGUCAAGUGGUCGUAUGGGAUCUGUGCUUGUGGUUAGAAUGGGAUUAGCAUGUGGGUUGGUGUGUGGGAUUAGCAUGUGGAAGGAUGUAUAGGCGUUUGAGAGAAAGAAACUAGAAAUAUACAUUCCUGUGGCAUUAUAUGAUGCUUCAGUGUGCCAUACCUAAUCUUGAUCUUCCAUUCUUGUUCAAUAUUAUGUAUAUUACACAGGAAAUCCAGAUUAAUAUUCAAAUAUUUUGAGAUUAUUUAAAUUCGUAAACAGUCGCUUGAGUUGUAUGCAUGUUUUCCAGGAAAUGGAAAAAAUGGCAGCUGUAUUUUGUGAAAUUAGAUUACUAAGGACAGCCUUGCUUAUAAGUGAGAAUGUAUCGAUAACACGAUGCUAUUGCCUUGAUUUCCAGUAAAAUGACAUAGAUUGUCAAGUCAGUGAUGGUUUUAUAAAGCUGGGGGGUUAUUUUUCUUACAAAUAGGUUUGAAAGAUGAGAAUUACUUGUUUUGCUUCUUAAAAACAUGGCAAUUGUAAUCUUCAGAUAGCCAUGAGAGAAACAUCAUUGUGAAUAAUAUUUAUCGCAUAUCAUGCAUAAAUUCAAUAUUGUCUUACAUAAGGAUAAUCAUUCUGUGGAAUUUUUACUUUUGACUGCUAUAUACUGAGGAUUCUGGCGACAUUCAAGUGUAUGGGUAUGUCUUCCUUUUUUUCCAUUUUCUGCUGUCUUUAUUUCUACAAAUCAUGCAAACUUUUAUACUAAACAGGCUACCAAGAUGGAUUACGUCUGUUAAAUGCAGGACUAUAACCUAUAUAAUUAUUGUGAAAUCAUUCAGAAACACCCUAGAACCAAAUCUUGCAAAGAUUACUUUUUUCUUUAAAGCAAUGGGAUUCUCAGACUGGUCUUAUAGUUUGAACUUAAAUAUAGAUAUACAACUAUUUUUUAUUCAUAAAAUAUACUGAAAGUGAUUAUUUAUGAUUUCAUUUAUUUGUUUUUCAAAGAUGUUUAAACCUUUAUUUACAUACAUGUACAUUAAAGAUGAUUAUUUGUCUACUUGUCUGAGGGCAUCUACAUUUAUAUUGUUUUUGGUCAGUCUGUCUACCAUGUUUUGUCUGUCUGACUUUAGUUAGGUCAAGGUCAAAGUUUUAUGACAAAUAAUGUCAUGGUCAUUUUGCACAAAAGGAAUUGGUAAUGGGCAAGAUGUUUCACAAACACGUCUUGUUUUAUACUUGAGAUAUAAACUUGUGAAGUAAAGAUUUACAUUACUGAGAUUUUAUCUAUACAAUACAUGUAUAUGGAUAUAAGAUUCUGAAUCAACAUUUUGGUGGAUCCAGGAGUGAAAAGUGGAUCUUAUAUCGGGGUGUAGUAUCGUGUUUCAAAAGGUUUAAUUCUAAUGUUUUAUAUGGUAAUACUAUAUUGAAUCAAGUUAUUAUUUAUAUUCUACAAGCCAGGCUUAUAAACAGGUAUUGAUUUCAAAGUGCUAUUUCUUUAAAUAAAAACAUUGAUAUAUAA